CGGGCGAGCGAGCGAGCGAGCGACACCUGGGCGGCUGCGCUGCCUCCUCCUCUCACGUAGGUUUCGACUUUCUUCCCCGCCCGGAAACUUGGUGGAGGAGCCGCGUAUUUGCCGCUGUGGCAGGCCGAGUUGGCGCCGGGUUUCCCUCGCCUCCUCCCUCCCCUUCCCGGGGGUGAGUGAACUCACUUCCCGCUCCCGGCGCCUACAGAGGUCCUCUAUCAAGACAGCUAUUGCGUGACAAGUUUCCUUGCUGCUGGGCCAAGAGUGCCUGAUGCUGGCUGUCAUGGCUGAUCCCGUAGCAGAAGAACACAUGUCCCAAGUUAGUGAACUCUGCUGUGAAUGUGGUCAGUUCCACCUCUUGCUGGACAACCAUCUCUACAACUUCCAGGAUGAAGUGGAUGAUGAACUCAUCUGCCAUAUAUGCCUUCAGCCCCUGCUCCAACCUAUGGACACCCCCUGUGGACAUACAUAUUGUUUCAAGUGCCUAGAAAACUUCAUGCAGGAGUAUAACUUUUGUCCUAUGGAUCGGAAAAAGCUCUCUUUCCAGCAGUGCCACAAGUCCAGCCUUCUAGUACGAAACCUGUUGGAUAAGCUGAUUGUCUUCUGUCCUUUCAAGGCAGAGUGUCAGCAGACAAUGCAGCGGUGUGAACUAGAAGCUCAUCUGCAGAACAGGUGUCCUGGUUUCAAGAAAUACAAAUCUGAACUACAGCGGAAAAAGAAUCCCAUUUCAAAAGGGAAGGAGGAUGCCCCUACCAAGGUGGAGACAAACACAGCCAAGGAUCCAGAGGUACCGAGUGCAGGAUCGUCACUGGUGGCAGAAAGCUCUGCAGCUGCUGUGGUAUCGCUAGGGACUGCAGAGCCUGGACUGGUUAAUCCAGCUUUUGAGGAGACUGAAGAAGACCUUCCUCAGAGAACUAGCCUUGUGGCUGAAACGAACACAAUUGAAAUUCACCGAGAAGACCCAGAGGAAGAGCUGGGAAUGAGGAUAGUUGGGGGUAAAGACACACCACUAGGAAACAUUGUUGUUCAGGAAGUCUUGCAGGAUUCUGUCAUUGCUGCAGAUGGAAGAAUAGCACCUGGGGACCAUAUUCUUGAGGUGAAUGGCGUCAACAUCAGCAGUGUGACUCACUGCCAAGCUGUCUCCUUCCUGCGCCACCCAGGUCCUGUUCUCCACCUCAUGGUCCUGCAGGAGAAGGGUUUUUCCAAUAAGACUGCACAGCAGGAUUCCACAUCUGCUACAAAUCGGGAAGUGAUCCACGUUACCUUGAUAAAAAGAGACCGAUCUGAACCCUUGGGAAUCAAACUGAUCAGGAAGACAGAUGAGGCAGGGAUUUUUAUUCUAGAUCUGUUAGAGGGAGGUUUGGCAGCCAAAAAUGGAAAGCUGAGUCGGAAUGACAGAGUCCUGUCAAUAAAUGGCCAGGAUUUGAGGCAAGGAACACCUGAGGCUGCUGCACAGAUAAUCCAGACAACUGAAUCAAGAGUGAACUUUGUUGUCCUGAGGCAGCCGGGCAUGCAGCUGUCAGACCCAGUAGAAGAUGGCAGCACAUCAAACAGCAGCAGCAGCAGCAGCAAUGGAGGAAGCCCGGUGCACCAUCGGAGACGACUAGACCAGAAUCACUAUAGACGAAAAUCUAACUACCAGAAGGAUUUACCUCAGGGAUACGUAAGUCAUGAAAAGACAGUUGCAAUAAAAAAGGAACCAAAGGAAUCUUUAGGAAUAACAAUUGGAGGCGGAAGGGAUAACAAAAACAAGCUCCCUAUAUAUGUAACGAGUGUGCAGCCCAUUGGAUGCCUCUUCAGGGAUGGCAGAAUCAAGCGAGGAGAUGUACUUUUGAGCAUAAAUGGCAUUGAUUUGACUCAUCUGAACUACUAUGAAGCUGUCUCAGCACUGAAAUCUAAUGCAGCUUCCCACUCAGUCAUACUGAAAGCCUUGGAAAUCCUUUCAUUGAACUCAACAGAGUCAUCUCUGGAUAUCAAGGAGCAAGGGUUCAGCUGGUCUCCCCUCUGGAUCACAUGGCUUGGUUUGCCUAGCUACCUUCACUGCUGUCAAGAUAUUGUCCUUACCAAAGGCAACCUGGAAAGCUGGGGCUUCAGCAUCGUUGGAGGCUUUGAGGAAAGCAAAGGGAACCAGCCAUUCUUCAUCAAAACCAUAGUGCCUGGGACUCCCGCCUUUCGAGACAGGAAACUGAAGUGUGGAGAUGAAAUAGUGGCAGUAAACGGAGUGCCAGCGAUAGGAAUGAGCAACUCGGAACUAAUCCCGAUGCUGAAGGAACAAAAGAACAAAGUCACGCUUACUGUGGUGUCCUGGCCGGGAAGCCUCGUGUGAAAGCUCAAACAAAACAUACAACAGUGGCAGGUAUCAGAUAUCAGUUGGCCAUCACAGAAAGCUGAAUGUGUGACAGAUAAACCAAGGGAAUGCUGAACUCUUGCUAUACAGUGUAUUCCCAUGGAAGACUCUUCCUUUUUGGAGAAAACAUUUCUUUACCGUGCUGAGAUUAUCAACAAAUCUGAUUGGUGGAUAUGGUAAUGGUUAAUCCAAACAGCUGUAGCUUCCUGGGCUCAUUAAAGCUCUUUAGGAUUGGUGUUGCAGAGAAAGCUCUUUUUCCAGUGUUUCUCUACAGCUUGCCUUUGAGAUGCUUUCCUCAAUUUUAGAGCUGUGCUUCCCAUUUAAUAUUUUGAAAGGUUACAACAGUCAGCACUGUCCGAUUUCCCCUGCUAGUUUAAUACAGUUCUGCUACUGCUCUCUGACUGCCAUUCUCGGACAUUGAGUUGUUUUAUAUGUGCUUUUAAAAGCCACUAAUAAAACUGUAAGGACGUGGACCCAAUUAAGCAGUUCCUAUAGCCCCCAGUCUUGAUAGUUUUAGGUUACUGAAACCUACUGAAUGUGUUUAUACAUUAAAAAACCAAUUGCAAGUCUCAUAGCUGACAGCUGAAGAGCCGCUAGGUCAGCAUGGUGGAGCUGUGUUGACUUGUAUGAAGGUCCCAACACCAGGUAGCUGUCGCAAAUCCUGAUUUAGGAUUGGGCCGACUAUGCCGAUUUGUCGCAAAUGGGCGAUUUUAGACUGCUUAAAGAACCACUGUGAAAAGUAUUGGCAAAAGUGGUUUCAUUGAAAUAUGAUGAUGUAAAAACGCGACUUAAAGUUUGAUGGCAAGGCUCACUCCGUUAUUUACCGCACAAAGGAUGCAACGAUGAUUCCAAGUUACCAAGACCCAAAUUAAAGUUACCAUAAAUAAAGUUAAGUAUGAUAUGGGUCACUUACCACAGAUCUGCUGUUGGUAAAAGGUUUCUCAGCCUUGAGGAGCAACCUUGCAAGGCAUCGCAGCUGAAGGGGAGAUCAUGCUGAAGGGGAGACUGCUGCCUAGCAGUGAGAGCUCAAAGGCGGCUCACUUAGGCUGUCGUAUUUACGGAAUAAAGCGGUUGGCUUGUAGUCAAAUUCCAUGCGAUGGGAUAGGUAUGCAUGGGAGUCCUUGUACCCACAACUUUGUUCCUUGGUAAGUCAGUCUUGGAAAAGCACCUGCUAUUCACAUGCUAAUUGCAUGACACGUGUUCCAAGCUCCUAUGCAUCGAUACUCACUCUGCCACUGCUCCUUUCUGGGUUUUCACAAAACAGAUUGGAACUAGAGGAGUUCUUGGCCUGGCCACAGCUCAGGCCUUUACCUCCUUUGGAGCCUGAACCAAACUACUGUGAGUUUGGUUAAGGGGUCAAGUGCAUCCAUCACAGUAGCCAGAGAUAAGGAAUUUGUUUAUCCCUUCCUCAGCUUGGUUUCCCUGGUCUUAUGACUUGAUAAAAUGACCAGCUUUUCCCACAGAAGGUAGAUGAUUAGGUAAAUAGGCUUGUUACAGGAAACCUCUGUCCCAGGAUGCUGUCUUGUGUGCACAGUUCGGCUUCAGUUCAAAUCCACUGUAUAGUUAAAAUUUAGAAAAGAAUUGAAGCCAAGGCAGGUUUGACCUAUGAUGCCUUGCUAAGUUCCUACGUGGACGCUCCACAGGAAGCAAUUCCUUCUUUUUUUUAGCGGGUUGUUAAUCAGCAGUAGAAAUGACAGAGCUUCCUUAAACUGGGUUGCAUUGAGAGAGCGCCUUCCUCUUACGCUGUUUCUGCUGUACCUUCUCUGGGGCCAGCUCACAUUAUAAGAAUCAAAGGAGUUUUUCUCCCCUGUAAAAAUGCUAUGUAGAAUGAAUGUUUAUCUCCUUGUAGUAAGCUGACUACAGGUAAGUGCCUGUCAGUGUCUUAAGCAGUGCUUUCCUUAGGGCUGGCUACUUCCUAAUUAGCUAUUACUGCAGAGUAGAAUUGUCCCUGGCUAGAUGACUUAGGUGUUUACAUAGAGUGACUUCACUUCCUCUGGCUGUUAGCUGAAGGCAGGCUGUAGCAGGGCCUAUUAGCAGAGCCCACUGGACAGAAAUUCUCACAAAAGCUUCUCCGCACACAGAGUAGCCUCCUUGGUUGGCUGAUAAAUACCACUGUGGACUUUGACGGCCAAAAGAGUGUGUGGCAAGCUGGGCUCUGGGGCCUUUGUUCCUGCCGUUCCUACUGAAUGCUGAGAGCAAAAUAAUUCACGAGUCAGAAAGGUGCCUGUGGAAAACUAGUCACUCAACCUCUGUCUGAUGCAAAGGAACAGAAAAACUUGAAGCAAUUUUUGUCUCUUUCCAAUCAAUGUGCAGAAUCUGUGCCUGGUAUGGAACCGGAAAUAUUUAUGUAGAUAGAGAAGGCGAUUCCUACUGAGUAGUACCAAAUGUCACUUGUAUAAAGUACAGUAGGAAAAAGCCAUGCAGAUAGUGGUCAGAUGGUUUAAGUGAAGAGAAUGCUGCAGAAGCCCAUGUGAUUUUUACUAUUACUCCAUCUCGUUUCAAGGUGCCUUCAACUACACCAAAUGUCCUAGUAAUUUAAGUAUUGUUUCCAAGAUAAGCUUGUUAAUAGAUGGUAAAUUUGUUUUGAUGCCUUUAUAAAUUAUUGUCAUAUUACUGAAAAA